CGCAGAUCAUAGUCGAUGGCAAUAUCAACCGAAUAAUAAUUUAUGUAAAACAAUGAAGGGAAGAAAGGCCACAGCGAGGUGCCACAGGCCAAAGCAUAGACCUUCGCCCGCAUCCGCCAAAUUUGGAGGUGCCACAUUUGAUUGUUGCGGUCCAGGCACAAUGCGAUUGGGGCAUUGUUUCCGUGUAUGAGGGGGAGGGGGAGUUUAAAAGCCCAGCCCAUGGCCAGCUCGCUCUGGUUCCCCACCCUUUCCUUUCCAACACUCGCAUUUUAACAGACGAUGACUUCAAACGCAACCGCAAACGCAAACGCCAACUCUCACAACACCAGAUACGAAAAGAACAUUCCACUGAAACGGCGGUCAGCUUUCUACGCAGGGACUGCCAAUGCAACGAGUUCAACUACGCCACUACUGCGUUCUUCAGGUCUCCACAUGCCCAUCAUCUCCAUCCCCUCCAAGUCGGCGCAGAAACACGAGGAGCCGACGAGAAUUAACCGUGGCGGUCACGGUACUGCCACUAAGCCAUUCACAGACUACACGAAUGUGCCAGUGCCAGUGGUAGCAGCUGCCAAUUGCAACCCGGGUCAACAAACGGGGACUUUGUCCGACGCUGGGGGGGUGAAAGACGAGGAACAGGUUGGGAUGUGGAUGGAGGAGCUGAGGAUAAAGGAGGAGGAGGAGAGAGGAAACCAACUGGGUAGCAGUGCUGGAGAGGACUGGAACCAUAUGUUGGGAGAAGGGGUUGGAAACGGACAGCCAAACGAGACGAGUGGGGGAACGUUGGGAUGUACACCUGACAUUCACGUUGGAGACGAAACCCCGCAGACACCGACACCGACACCGACACCGACCUGCGAUCGCGCCGAUCGAAGAGAUUCCGAAGACGACCCACUAAAACUUCGUUCCCGAUUCUCAGAAGACUCGGAUUCUACGUAUAGCGACCUCUCCGACCUACCCAAACCCAUCGGAUACCCAGACAUGAGUCUUCCUGUCUUUACAAACCCAUUCGGCGGCAACGCACCACUCGCACCACUCGCACCUCUCACUCAAACCGAUUUCAUCCCUCUUCCUAAUGUAUUCCUCCAACCCGGUGGGUACAAAGAACCUCCUUCCCGAAAACGAAAGCGACCACCACCAACAGAAGAGUCUACAGUCCUAAUCCGCGCAAAUGAUAUUUCCCCCUUCGAUACAUCCGAAAUGACACGGACGGAUCGAAAGUUGUUAAAACGCAUGUUAUUCGAAGAAUUUAAACGGGUAUCUCGAAAGCCUCCUUUGAACCCCACCAAGCCUGGUUUGGUUCAAGUUUUCCGUGCACGUCAAAGGGAGAUUAAAGCUAGAAAGCCUGGUCGUAGACCUCCUCGUCCCAAACGGUCUUUGGUGUUUCCGCUACCUUAUUUUCUUCGAAGGCAGUCGAGGGUUGAUGGUGCAGAGGGGUCUGGGGGAGAACGUGGUUCUAAGAACGCGGAUAAAAGAACUCAUGAUCAAGAAGGAGGUUUCAGUGGGUUCGUGCGUUGGGCUAUACCGAGAGGUAUGGCGAAGUGGGUAUUGAGACAGUGA